AUGGAGCAAGGAGGUCGUGGUGGCGGUGGAGGCGAACAAGGAAAGUACCGGGGAGUUCGAAGACGGCCUUGGGGCAAAUACGCAGCUGAGAUACGAGAUUCAAGGAAGCAUGGUGAACGUGUAUGGCUUGGAACGUUUGACACCGCAGAAGAAGCAGCUAGAGCCUAUGAUCAGGCCGCCUACUCCAUGAGAGGCCAAGCCGCGAUUCUGAAUUUCCCUCAUGAAUAUAACAUGGGGAGUGGUGCCUCUUCAGCAGCCACGAUGGCUGGAUCUUCCUCCUCCUCCGCUUCUUCUUCAAGGCAAGUUUUUGAGUUCGAGUAUUUGGAUGAUAGUGUUCUGGAGGAACUCCUUGACGAUGGAGAGAAUCCUAAAAAGAGCAACAGUAAUAAGGGUAAGAAGAAGUGA